CUUUAAAGAAACGUCUUAUUGUUUUCUCUUUUCUCUUUCGCUCCGUGCCCUCAAUUCUCGCCCUGUUCUUCGGUUCCUUUUUUUCACCAAAUUCCCAUCGGUGUUUCUUUCCCUAUCCCCUCUCGGCCUGUUGUUUUCGCUUUCCCAUCACUUUCUCAAGAAAAUUAAUUUUCUCGAGAAAGUUUAGGGUCGGAUAGAGAGAGAAAAGAGCAAUCAUGAGCUUUCAAGAUCUGGAAGCUGGACGGCCGUUCGCGUCGAGGCAAAGCCUGAUUAACGGAAAGCAAGACGCCACGCAAGCAGUGGCUUCUGGCAUUUUCCAGAUCAACACCGCCGUUUCCACCUUCCAGCGACUCGUCAAUACCCUCGGGACUCCUAAGGACACGCCUGAGCUCCGAGAAAAGCUGCAUAAAACGAGGCUACAUAUCGGGCAAUUAGUGAAGGACACUUCGGCUAAACUUAAACAAGCUAGUGAAACAGAUCACCGUGCUGAAGUUAGCGCAAGCAAGAAGAUAACAGAUGCUAAACUUGCAAAAGAUUUUCAAGCAGUUUUGAAAGAGUUUCAGAAGGCUCAACGGCUUGCCGCUGAAAGGGAAACAGCAUACACUCCUUUUGUUCCCCAGACAGUUCUUCCCUCAAGCUACACGGCCGGUGAGAUAGAUGUAGGUUCAGAUAAAAGUGCUGAACAGCGAGCCCUUCUUGUGGAAUCAAGAAGACAGGAGGUCUUGCUGUUGGAUAAUGAAAUUGCUUUUAAUGAGGCUAUCAUUGAGGAAAGAGAACAAGGAAUUCAAGAAAUUCAGCAGCAAAUUGGUGAGGUCAACGAGAUCUUCAAAGACCUUGCUGUGCUAGUUCAUGAGCAAGGAACUAUAAUUGAUGACAUUGGGACCCAUAUUGAAAAUUCACAGGCUGCCACUGGACAGGCAAAAUCCCAACUUGUGAAAGCUGCAAAGACCCAAAGAUCAAAUUCUUCUUUGACCUGCUUGCUCCUGGUGAUAUUUGGUAUUGUGCUUCUCAUCGUGAUCAUAGUACUAGCAGCCUGAUCAGAAUCAUAGAGCAAUUUAAAGAUCUUCUCGGCAACAAGAGGGUGAUCUAAAUGUGUUUGAUUAUGUUGUUUCGCGAGACAUCAUGGCUGACUUGAGUUAAAGUUUUAGUCUAAGUAUAUAUCAUGUGGUCAUUGCCUCGUUGGUCAUCCCUUAUGAUAUUUGGUUCAUCUUUGGGCGGGGGUGUCUCUUUUCUGUAAGUUGGGUGUUUGGGUUUGUUGAGGGUGUGUUACAGCUUUCGAGUAUCGUCCCUUUUGUCUUCUUUGAUAUUUCCUGUAAUAAGAGUUAUAAUUCUUUGGUUUUUCCAUAUCAAUAUAUAUGCAUUCACAUCGUGCCUUACUUCCA